CUUGAAGUCAACACCAGAGCUUCAACCACAACGUUCGACAACGACAAAGGCAAGAUGGAAGGAAAUCAACCGCAGGGAAGUCUCAGUUGGAGACUUAGUUCGCAUCCUAUCACGCUUCUCUGUUUCUUGGGAUUCCGAAUCUCUUCAUUACUGGUGUAUCUCUUUGGUCUCCUGUUCACCAAGAACUUCGUUCUGAUAUUCAUCAUCACGAUCCUCCUCCUAGCAGCCGAUUUCUACUACCUCAAGAACAUCGCCGGACGCCGUCUCGUGGGUCUCAGAUGGUGGAACGAAGUGAAUCCGGAGAAUGGAGAGAGUCACUGGGUGUUCGAGAGCUCGGAUCCUGCGGUCAAGGUUAUCAAUGCGACGGAUUCGAGAUUCUUCUGGAUUGCGCUUUAUUCGCAGCCAUUGCUCUGGGUCGCGUUGGCUGUUCUGGCUAUCUUUAAGUUUGAGUUCAUCUGGCUGACGCUUGUUGUCAUUGCGCUGAGCUUAACGUUCACGAAUACACUUGCGUUCUCGAGGUGUGAUAAGUUUGGGCAAGCUUCGAACUUUGCUGGAGGUGCACUGAGCUCUGGUGGUAUUGCAACGAAUGUUGCAAGUGGACUGAUCGGCAGAUUCUUCUCGAGGUGAGAGAUUGAUGCGAGACGUUUGCCAAGGAGAGGCUGUAUAUGAUACCAUGGCUGCUUGGGAGUCUGCGGAGCUUUUUGAAUGCAUGAUGCUAGCACUAAGUCCAUCUUUCUGUCUGGCUUCGGGUGUACGAGUAGAGGAUAUGAUGGCCAAAUAUCGAUUCUUCAAUAAG